AUGCUGAUGGAGGCUGGGAGUCAGUCAAGAGUUAAUGGAAUUAAUGUCAUCAUACUGGUCCAUGAGGAGAUCAGUCCGCUCAUCAGAGAAGAAUUAUUAGUGUCAAUGGCCCAGAGCACCUACCCGGCGCUUCACACAGAGGACGAGCUGAGGAAUCUUGUUUUCAGGGUGACAGCUGUGAGACACCCAAGAAGACACCUCAUGGACAGUUGGUUAAGUGAGAAAAAUGUCCAUGUGUUUGUGUUGAUGCCUCAGACCGCAUCUUACAGCGGCGAAAUGUCCGUCGACAGCGAAACACAAAGUCUGAGUCCACAGAUGCAGAAGGCUCUGAAGCUCAGCUGCUGUGUGGAGGUGUACCAACCCUGGUCCAAGCAAUCUUUGAUGGAAGUUGCUGUUCAGUGCCUCACAGUCCUUCCCCAUGAAAUUGCUCAGUUGGGUUCAAAGGACAGCCAGUCGGUGGUCAUGGCCGGAAUCCAUCAGUCUGCUUGUCAGUAUGCUUCUGUGUUUUUAAGAGUCCAGCCAUUCACCCCUCACACUUAUCUGGAGUUCAUUGCCCACUAUGGUUCCUUGUGCAGCCUACUCCACCAACAAUGGCAGAGCAAAAACAAAAGAAUUACCUCUGCACUGGCUCGUUUGGAUGUCUUGAACAAUACAGCUCAGCAACAUGAACAGCACUUACUAAGGCUGCAAAAGAAGGUUGCUGAGACCCAGCAGCAUGAGAAAGACCUCCUCAAAGCUGUACAAAAUAAGACAAACCUGUUUGAGAAAACCUUGGAAAAAUAUGUUGAAGAACGGAACAAUCUGGAUUACCUUGAAAACCAGAGUAAUCAAGCUGAGAAACAGAUAAAUUCAGUGUUUGUGUCAGCUAUCAAUAUUCUGAAGUGUUUGAAUCCAUCUGACCUGGAGGAGGUACGCCACUACAGAGACCCACCUGAUGGAGUAGUGAAGAUCAUGGACGCCAUAUGCUUGCUCUUUAACCGUCCACUGGGCUGGGAGAGUGCCAAGCAACUUUUCAGUCAGUCAAAUUUUUUCCAG